UUAAAAUGACAAAUGCAGUCUGCACUUCGUAUAACAAGUCCUGGGUCGUUAUGAAUCAGUGCCGAUUGAAGGCUGUGCAACGGAACAGACCCAUUUUAAACAUUGAUGUGGAUCUCUUACAUCCGGUAAAUAAGAUCGACGUUAGAGCGCAAAUCCAAAAAAAGGGAAACGGUUACAAACCUUGGCUUAUCGAUAUUUCAUUUGAUGCCUGUAAAUAUUUAAGAAAACCCAAUAAUCCCGCUAUUAAAAUGAUUUAUGGAGUCUUUAAAGAGUUCUCAACAAUUAAUCAUACGUGUCCAUACGAUGGUCAUCAGCGUCUAAGAGAUUUUUAUCCAAUCAUCGAGAAACUUCCUAAUCAAUUUCCAACUGGAGACUAUUUACUAAUUAUAACAUUUAUAUUUUCAAAGCAGCGAACCGCUGAGAUAAAAAUAUACUUUUCAUUUAUUGAAGACUUAAUAUAA